AUGAAGUCGACCGUCGCCAGCCCCGUAGACCCGCGCUUCGUGGACGACGACCUGCUUCUAUGCACCGUAGCGCUGCCCGCCACGCCGAGCUCGGAUGAGGAGGCCGACCGCAUGACCCGGCGGCGGCUCACGAUGCGCAAGCACCGGGCGAAGCGCAAGACGCAGCUCCACGACCUCCGAACGCAGACGCAGGCGCUGCAGCUUCACUUGCACGCACUGCGAGAGCGUCAGAGUAUCCAACAUCUCUUGAACCCACCAGGGCCGUGGUACAACCUCAUGCUCUCGGAGAAGGUGCGUUGUCGCGAGGCCCACGCGGAGAACGACCGGUUGCGGCACCUCGCGCAGCAGCACUUGGCGCUCUCCAGGACCUUGUCGAGCCUCUUGGAGCAGCCCACUCUUCACACCCCAUUGACAUCGCCUCGUUGUCUUCCGUCCGAAGCCGACCGCCGUGCCCCAGUCAUGCACGCGAUCCUCGACGCGACCUACCGAAAGCUCUGGGGAGCCUUCGUGGAAGCUCGCUUGAUUGACGCGACCGAGACGACGCAUCACCAUGCAGCCCAGUGCACGGCGACGGGCGACGUCGAGUUCCACACGAUCGUGUACCACGAUACGCCGCACGACCUCACCACCGCGGUCGAAGGCGGCUGGCGACUGCACCAAGGAGCGCUUGUGCUCGACAGCCUCGACCACCUUUGCCGCAGCGUCGAUGAAGUCGACAGCUGCGUGACCUACGUCACAGGCUGGAUGGACUUGCCCGAUGUCGGCCACUUCCAGCGCCGCGUGCUCUGCAAGCGCUAUGCACCGUCGCCGACGACGUGCGCGAUUGUAUGUCAGAGCGUCGAGGCCGACGACGCGAUGCCGUUUGACGCGUCGAGCCCGAUCCUGACGGAGAAAUCCUGGCUGCUAUUUGAAGCAAACGGAAAAGGCGGAACAACGGUCAAGUUUUUUCAGAAGCAGCGCCCGCUCAGUGGCACUGUUCCUGGCGCAUGGGUCACCGCACUCGCCAAGCGCACCCAGGCGUACCAAGACGCAGUCCAUGGCUACAUGCGCCAGCUCGAGCCGCCCCCAACAGCAAGUAUCAUCUCGGACCUUUUCGUCCAGCUCAAAUCGUUCAUUUCUACUUUUCCCAUGCUCCUCCACGUCACCGAAGCCGACCUUUGCCUCGAGCUGACGCUGGCGCAGACGCUUGCGACCGUCUUUGUGUACCCUGGACCAAUCCCGCUGGCGUCCAUCGCUCGCGUCGAGCUGCCGACGGCGCUGCCGAGCCAACUCGAGUGCAUCUUUUCUCCCUUGCGCGUCGGUACCGUCGUUCCGUGCUUCUACGUCAACGGAACGUAUUUCGGCGUGUGCAGCAAGCGCGAGUACAUUUACUGCCGCCGAUCCGUCGACAACUGCCUCAAGAUCGACAUCAAAAAGUCGAGCGCCAGCAAAUACGCCUCGUGGUUCAUUCAGCUCGACGCGUCGCAGUCCGCCGCAGAGAUUAAGUACAUGAUCGACUCUGCAAUUAGCAGGCAGGAUGUUUGCUGA